AAGCUUAAGUCUGUAUACAUGUAUGCCGCUGGAUUUUACGUAUAUUCUAUCUUUGAUCUUCUGUUCUGGGAAACAAGACGCAAGGACUUCGGAGUCAUGAUGUCUCACCGUGUGGCAAUUGUUGUUCUGAUUGUUGUGUCCUAUAUUUGCAGAUUAUCUCGUCCUGGCUCGGUCAUUUUACCCCUCCAUGAUGCAAGUGAUAUAUUCCUAGAGAUCGGAAAGAUGGCGAAGUACAGUAGCUGUGAGUGGCUAGCUGUUGUAGCAUUUCUACUUUUUGUGGCUCCGUGGAUCUUUCUUCGGCUAAUAGUGUUUCCUUUCUGGAUUCUAAGAAGCACAAGUUAUGAAAUAGCUAUGAUCUUGGACAAGGAGAACAAAAAAAUCUACAGAACCUCAUACUACUAUCUUUUCAACACUCUCUUGUUUUCACUUCUAGUCUUUCACAUAUAUUGGUGGGUACUGAUUUACCGGAUGCUUGUCAAACAAAUUCAGUCCAGAGGUCAUGUUGGUGAGGAUGUUCGAUCCGAUUCUGAAGGCGAAAACAACCAUGAAGAUUAA